UAAUAAGUUCGUAUACCUAUAUUCUAACCGAAGUCAUCCAAAACUGGAUUCAUACUUCUACCUAAAUGUGCAUUUGCCCAACUACUUUGCUUAAAAUAAAAACUGUUUUGUUUCUUUCGAUCUUCUCGGCACUUCUUAUCGCUGAAUUAUGUGUGGAUGGACUAAGCCUGGGAAAAGCCAAUCCAAAUAUUCAGACCAUACUCAUAGUAUGCAUGGUAAUUACGAUUCUGAUGCUAGUAGCCUGCCUGGUGGGCUGCGUGGCGACGUGUGUUAAUCAUGUGGUGAUGCUCCAAUUGUUGGUAUUCUCAUUGAUGGGGUUUGUGAUUGGAAAAUUGGUGUUAUGGAUCGUUGCAUCACAUGAAUCGCCACCGGAUCAGAGGGGGCUGGUUACAAACAUUUGGUUCAAAGCUGUGUUGCUGGGUGCCGCUGUUGCCACAAUAUUUGUAUCCCUCUUCUGCAUGAGAUUGGUAGAUGAGGAGCAUUUCGGGUGAAGACACAAAACUGAAAUUAAAUAUUUUACUCUGAUAA